AUGGUAGGACCGCUCCGCAGGUCCAAAGAAGGAGGGCACACCUUCCUCCUUGUCGCAAUCGACAAGUUCACAAAGUGGAUCGAGGCGAUGCCUAUCACAAACUCCACCGGCACUACUGCCGUCCUGUUCUUCCGGUCCAUCAUAUUCCGUUUUGGGGUGCCUCAUAGCAUCAUCACGGAUAACGGUUCCAAUUUUAUUUCAAAGGAGUUCCAGGACUUCUGUGAUGAGAUGGGAAUCCACCUCAAUUACACCACCGUGGUGCACCAGCAGACCAACGGGCAGGCUGAAAAAGCCAACGGUCUACUCAAAACAGGCAUCAAGAAACGGCUCAUGACUCCCCUGCAUCGAGAGCAGCUGGGGCAUGGGUCGAGGAGCUACCCUCUAUGA